AUGCAUCUCCCCCAAGUCUUACUCUUCGCUUGCGCGGGAACGAGUCUCGCCCUCGCAGCACCAAGAAACGUCCUCAACAUCAAACCAGACGAUGACUUCGCGUUGGCCCAGAGGAACGCCGAAACGGCCAACAUCAUGUUGAUCCAAGAUCAAAUCGCGAAGACUGGCUAUGACCUCGAGAGCGAUGAUGAGAAGAAUAUCACUGCGCGAGAACUUGCCAAGCUCUCGGCAAACGAUGCUCAGCUCCUGGCUGCCGAGCUGAACACCUACUCCACGAGAAACAACCAGACUGAGCUGCUCAUUCCUGCGUUCAGUGACCAGCAGUUCGCAGCGGCGGCCGCGCAGCUCGUACACGUGAGGUCUGAGAGUCAGAUUGAAGAGCGACAAGUCAUCGAGGCUCUGUUCAGCGGGUUCAUUUUCGCCAUCAUUGGCUUCAUCUCGUCCUGUCAUCAGACGCAUUGUCUGCACAAGCAUCACCACAAGCCUCACCAUCCUCCGUCAUAG